AUGUCCACGCUGGAGGCCCUGCUAACGUUUCAGUAUGUAACCCUGAUCCGCUGUGGUCACGAGACUGCAGUAAGAAUCUUUCUCUGGGAUCUGGAUGAGACGAUCAUCAUUUUCCACUCUCUGCUCACCGGCUCCUUCGCUCAGAAGUUUGGCAAGGACCCUGCCACAGUACUGAACCUGGGUCUUCAGAUGGAGGAGCUGAUCUUUGAGCUGGCAGACACACACCUGUUUUUCAAUGACCUGGAGGAGUGUGACCAGGUCCAUGUUGAAGACAUGGCUUCUGAUGACAAUGGACAGGAUCUGAGCACCUAUAACUUCCUGGCGGACGGCUUCAACGGCCCCAGUGGUGGAGGGGCCCCAGGGGCCACUACUGGAGUCCAGGGUGGAGUGGAGUGGAUGAGGAAACUGGCCUUCCGCUACCGCCGUCUAAAGGACCUCUACAACGGAUACAAAUGCAAUGUGGGAGGCCUGCUGAGUCCCAUGAAGAGGGAGCUGCUCCUUCGACUGCAGUCUGAGAUGGAAAAUGUGACGGACGCCUGGCUCAGUACGGCACUCAAAUCCUUGCUGCUCAUCCAGUCCAGAGGUAAGUGUAUGAAUGUCCUGGUGACGACCACCCAGCUGGUGCCUGCUCUGGCCAAGGUGCUGCUCUACGGCCUGGGGGACGUCUUCCCCAUAGAGAACAUCUACAGUGCCACCAAGAUAGGGAAAGAGAGCUGCUUUGAGCGCAUCGUCUCUCGCUUUGGGAAGAAGGUGACCUAUGUGGUGGUAGGAGAUGGCCGUGAUGAGGAAUUUGCAGCAAAACAGCACAACAUGCCUUUCUGGCGUAUCUCCACCCACGGGGACCUAGUAUCCCUGCACCAAGCUCUGGAGCUAGACUUCUUGUAGAGCGGAAGGGAUAGAGGUCUGACACAGAGGGAAACAGUCAGUCACACCACUGUUCGCUUGUGGAGUGACUUAUUUUCUUUAUUAUUAUUAGGUACUUGGCUCCACCCCAGCCCUCUGAAAUACACACACACACACACACCUGCUGGCCCUAGUGAGUUACUCUUGCCCCAGUGUGAUGGCCAUGGACUAAACUGAGGUGGACUUGGGGGUGGCAGUGGUUGGGGAGCAGACUGGACAGAUAUACUCUCUGAUGCAGGGCUCCUGCCCAGCAGCACUCUCCCUAUGGCAGCUAUCCUGGCACUGGGGCACAGCAGUCAGAGAGGACACAACUAAAGGGAAGAAGACAAACCUCUGGCUCCACAACUCACAGGCUGCUGUUCCUCUGUGUGCAUCCCAAAUGACACCCUAUUCCCUAUGCAGUGCACUACUUUUGACUAAGUAGUGACUAUAUAUGGAAAAGGGUGCCAUUUGGGAUGCACGCUGUAUCUCAUUCGUGGAUUGACCAAAGCAAAGGUCUGCAGCACUGUCGGGCAUCACGGACGGACGCUUUGGAUUGUUUUAGAGCCCUCGGUAGCUAUACAUGAAAGGAUAAUGUCACAAAAUGAAUUAUUUUUCUAAUUUUGGGGUUAUUUUGCACUCAUUCCAAAGCUUGAAAACAGGAUUCAAUGUUACUGAGGCAGCAUUGAUGGGGGUUGGGAAUUGUUUUAGUUUUUCUAAGCAUAUGAUGAGAUGGCUACUUAGGAAUGACCUUCAAUUGCCUUCUGGAUGUAACCUUUCUACUAGUUAUACUCUAGUACUGACAAUGUGCUCCAUGGAGAUAGAAUGUUGUGCUCAUUAUAAAACCACCCUUCUCUCAGCUGUCCUGACCUCUCCACUGUGUCAGACUUCAACAGCCUAACAGUCUUCUGUGGUCUUUUUACAUAAACUGAUGUGUGGCAAAGACAAUGACUCAAUGAAGAACCUAGCCUGUAUUUCACUGCAUGAUAUCUAUGGACCCCAGGUUGCUGUAUAUUAUUACCUAAGAUAAGCCAAACCAGGCCUUUCUGUAAAUUAACUUUAAGACUAAGGAUGGGCCUUCAAAACAAUGUGUAAUUUCUUCAACAUUGUGCUGAAGUUCAAUGUGUGUACAUGUAUACAUAACCUUUUAGAAGCUGUCCCCACUGGGCUAACUGUUCCUCAGAGCACAGCCCUAAGUGUCCUUGAAUUCCUGCAAAGGGACUUAAACUUGACAAAUAGCAUUUAAAAGCAGUUUGCUGAAAGGAAUGGCAAAUGGCACAAUCCAAUCACAUGUUAUUUAAGAUACAGUGCAAUUGUUGUUAUUGUUCAAUACUGGAAAUUACGUUAGACCAAGUCACAGGAGGUUUGUCUGGUCAAUCUGGUCCUGAUUACCUCACAUGGCAGAUAUUUUCCAUCAAAGAUCAACUGCUUGAUUCAUUGAUAAAUGGAAAUGUGUGUAGGUCGCAAUUGUAAAAUCAAUCUUUAGCUGAUUUGCAUGGUGUGGGUCACACAACCCCCAGAUACCAUUAUUUCAAUGUGGUGGGUAACUUACCAAAAAUAUGUGUUGAUUUAUUUCCCAAGUGUUUCCCACAGUUUCCAAAUACCACAGAUGUUCCUAUCGUCACAUUGGUAAUUCAUCUGUGAACUAGCUGGGGUGCCCAAAAAUAUACAGCCGCUGCCUGCUUGCAGUGUAGUCAGUCGAUCUACCCUCAUCAUUAUACAUAUUGGGGGGAACAGGGAUGACCGUGCAAUACAUUUCUGGUCAGUGGUAAUGGUAUGCCUGUUAUUAACUGGUCUAUAUUUCAAGGGACAUUUUGUUGCCGCAUGUAGCUAGCUGGUCAAGAGAGGUGGUUAGAGGGUUGAUAUUAUUAAAGCCUGGUCUGUGUGAGAUUAUGACUAAACAAUACUGAGCCUGAAGAAGAUUUGGCAAUUUUACACACCCCUGCAGCUUGACCGUUAAGAAUGUGUUCUUUGUGUAUUUGUUUGCAUCUUUCUAGAGUGUCUUGUACAUAUUUGUAUUGUGCCUUUUUAGCCAUCUAUAUUGUAUAUGAAUAUAUCAUCUCUAAGGGAAAUACUUAAGUUGUGUUAAAUGCAUUUAUCAAAGAUGGUUGUUGUUACACUUUAGUUUAAGUGUUAUUUUACUACUCAUAUCUUCUUCUUUUUUUACCGUCAUUAAUCGGUGCUGAAAUCUUUUAACUAUCAGUAGCACUGAAAAGCUUACUGUAUGUGAAUAAUGUAUUUUUUCCUUUUGAAUAAGUUUUAUUUUCUUGUUUUGAUUGUCCUGCCGAUGACAAAUGUUACAGCGGAAAUUCUCUCCUUUAAAGACGAUUCGCAGCUUUGUUCACCAAGUCAUCGCAUCCUUCCCUUUUGUUGAAAACUGAAUCCCAAUGCUGUCAUGUAGCAUUUCUGAGUCGCUGUGACUGGCUUUUACCGCUUAGACAAUCAAAUCUGUAUCACAUGGUACUUUGAAUGGUGCCCAGAUCCACCGCCUACGGUGAAGCAUGUAUAUAGACUUGCAGUAUGUUUGGUGUAUGUUCUCCUAAAACAGUACAUGUUACUACCUAAUGGAGUUGAGAGGAAAUGGAUGCAUUGUAAAAUGAUGAAUUAGAUCCUUUAGAAUGGAAGGGGGACAUGGCAUUUUGUGGAGUUGACACACAUUUGGAAGUCAGCAUACCCAAACCAAAAUCCUUUUUAUUGUUUUGUUGUUUAUUGUUGAACUGUUCAUUCGAUCAUCUUUAGUUUUGUUUGCCUUUCACCCUUUUUGAUUGGUAUGAUUUAGUUUGUUUUAUCUUAGGUGUUUACGGUGCAUGUAUUUCUAUCAGUGAUGGUUUCUGAUUUAAAGUACUCUGUUGCUAAACAAGUUGAUUGUUUAAAAAAAAUGGUCUGCUUUUUGCAUUUCCCUUGGAUUUGUGUUGAAGACUAAGAACUAUGUACAAUUUUAUAAGUGCAUUUUGACAAGUCUCUGUUGGCUGUCAUGUAGUGAUUUACAUUUCAAAUGCAAGGAGCUAUGAAGGCACAGCUUUGUAGGGACAUAUCUGGCUCAACUCGAUCAUGUUAUUUCUUGAAUACUCCGCUAGUGUGACUAUCUUCUGUAGAAAAAAGCCUUGACGAUAAAACAUGUAAGGGACGUGUUUUCCCACCCCACUUUUUUUGUCUGGGACCAGAACACUGUUGAAGGCCCAAUAAGGUUGUCCUGUGUAUAAUAACACUCAAGGCAAUUGUAAAUACAAAUAAAAUGUCUUUGAAAGUG